GAAUUUAGAAUUUUUUUUUGAAACCCUUUCAUGACUAUUAUUUCAUGAACCUAAACUUUAAAGCCGAUAUUCCGCAUAGCGUCGUUAGUGAGGCACUUAAUUUCUAUGUGUCAAUUGAAACCAUUGAUGGAGGCACUGUAAGAGGAAAGCUAAUUGGCUAUGACGAUCAUACAGGCAAUGCUGAACUAAUUGAUGUAGAAUGUCAGUCUCGAGACUCUUCUCUUUCAGUUUCCGAGCGUUUUUUUCUGAAGGGUUCAAAUAUUCGUAUUAUUCACUUACCUUCCGACUUGAGUAAGUCACCACUUUUAGAUUGGCAAAAUAGUUCUUUACGGCAGGCAUUAAAGAAAAGCAUUAAGGCGGAUCGAGGUGUUAGAAAAAGUAAGCCGGUCGUACACACCAAUAAAAAGUUAUUGAAACGACGGAAGGAAAAAUAAAAUUGAAACCGAAAUUUUUUUAGAAAAAAUAAUUUAAUACUAUUAGAAUUUUUAUAUCAAA